AUGCUGAAGAGUGAGAGAUUCAACGAUUAUCUUGCGAGGAACGACAUCACAUGGACAUUCAACUUAAGCAAGGCUCCGUGGUGGGGCGGCCAGUUUGAAAGAAUAAUCGGACUUGUAAAGCAGUCUCUUUACAAGGUCAUCAGAAAAGCAAACCUAAAGCUUCCAGAGCUCAAAGAAGUUAUGCUCGACGUAGAGACAAUCCUGAACAAUCGGCCAUUAUGUUACGUGGAGGACGAUAUCCAAAUGCCAGAGCUUACACCCAAUGUCAUGAUGCUAGGAAGUAAUAACGUUCUACUACAAGAGGAUAUUGAGGCGAUAAACGAUGGAGAUUUAAGAAAACGAGGUAAAUAUCUUGAGCGAUGCAAAGAAAACAUAUGGAAGCGGUGGUCCAAUGAGUAUGUCAAAGCUCUAAGAGAGAAGCAUCAUCUAGUGCAUCAUGGGAAAGAAAACCAGAUAUCAGUGGGAGAUGUUGUUCUCAUCAAGGGUGAAGCGAAGAAUAGAGGCGGAUGGGCAAUUGGAGUAGUUGAGAGUCUUAUAAAGGGAAAAGAUAACAUUAUCAGAGCAGCUAGGCUAAGAUCAAGGAAAACAAGAAUAGAGAGAGCAGUGCAAAUGUUAUACCCUCUGGAGCUAGCAUGUGACGAGGAAAACAAGAAGACCGAGGCAAGAGUGAACGAUAACGAGAACGCACAACUUAAGGCACAAGCGAAGGAGUUCAGACCAAAGAGGAAAGCAGCUACAAUUGCGAUAGAGACAAUUAGGGAGACAUUUUGUGAUAAAGAGAGAGAACUUGCUGAUGAUUAA